UGGCGAGGAGUGCACUGGCGUAGGGGAGCGGAGGGGAGCACUGGUGCGAAGAUUGGCGGAGGAGGGGGUGGAGGGGGGGKGGAUUGGAGAUGCGAGGAGCAGGGGGGCGAAGAGCGGCGAAGGAGGGGGAACGGCCGGAGGAGCAGCCGAUAAGUGUAAGAGCAGCGGAGGAAGGGUGGGAGUGCAGGCGGAGGGGAGCCAGAAGGGAGUGGAGAGGAGCGCUGGAAGAGGAGAGCGCUGGCGGGGGUUGUGCUGGUUGAGGGGAGCGAAGCGGAGCACUGGCGGAACAGAGCGCAAGGAGCACAAAUGGAGCGGAGAGGGCAGAGGGGAGUGCAGUGGAGCCUCGACGGAGGGGAGGAGGGGAGUGGAGGUGAGCGCUGGCAGAAUGGAGGAGGGGAGUGGAGGGUAGCGCUGGCAGAGGCGAAGAGGGGAGUGGAGGGGAGCGCUGGCGGAAGGGAGGAGGGAAGUGGAGUGGAGCACUGGCGGAAGGGAGUGGAGGGGAGUGGAGGGGAGUGCUGGCAAGGGGGUGCGCUGGUGGAGAGAGAAGGGGAGCGCUGGCGGAGCGGAGCAGUGGAGGAGGGAAUGGAGUGGAGGGGCGGCGAAGGAGCGGAGGUUGGGAAGUGAGGGGCGGAGGAGGGGGUUCUUGUGGGGGGAGGGGAGGGGGGCCACUGACCUUAAUCUCCCAUCUU